AUAAUUACGAAAACAUUAGUAUUGUCGAGUUCAGAUGUGAUCCAUACAAACAAGUUUGCUCAAGCACUUGGCAAAUGAAGAUCUUGUACACCUUAUAGAUGGAAGUUGGCCCCUUGUUGGGACAUAUAAUUUCUGUCUACUUGAAAUCACAGAGGUUGAACUCCAGUAACCACUUCUUGGGGAAAACAUUUCUUCAUAAACAUUUACCUAAAAGCUGGGAUUUGAUCCUCCCAGAUCCCACUCAGUGCUCUAUGCCCAGAUCUCUGUGGCUGGGCUGCUCCAGCCUGGCGGACAGCAUGCCCUCGCUGCGAUGCCUGUAUAACCCAGGGACUGGCGCACUCCCAGCUUUCCAGAAUUCCUCUGAGAGAGAAGACUGUAAUAAUGAUGAGCCCCCUAGGAAGAUCAUUCCUGAGAAGAAUUCACUUAGACAGACCUACAACAGCUGUGCCAGACUGUGCUUAAACCAGGAAACAGUAUGUCUAGGAAGCACUGCUAUGAAGACUGAAAAUUGUGUGGCCAAAACAAAACUUGCCAAUGGCACUUCCAGUAUGAUUGUGCCCAAGCAAAGAAAACUGUCUGCAAGCUAUGAGAAGGAGAAGGAGCUCUGCGUCAAGUACUUUGAACAGUGGUCCGAGUCUGAUCAGGUGGAGUUUGUGGAGCACCUCAUCUCCCAGAUGUGUCACUACCAGCACGGACACAUAAACUCAUACCUCAAACCCAUGUUACAGCGGGACUUCAUCACUGCACUGCCAGCUCGGGGAUUGGAUCACAUUGCUGAGAACAUUCUGUCAUACCUGGAUGCCAAAUCUUUGUGUGCUGCUGAGCUGGUGUGCAAGGAGUGGUACCGGGUGACAUCUGACGGGAUGCUAUGGAAGAAGCUCAUUGAGAGAAUGGUCAGAACAGAUUCCCUGUGGAGGGGUUUGUCAGAGAGGAGAGGAUGGGGGCAAUAUCUAUUUAAAAAUAAACCUCCUGAUGGAACUGCACCACCCAACUCCUUCUACAGAGCACUUUACCCCAAAAUUAUACAAGACAUAGAGACAAUAGAGUCGAACUGGCGGUGUGGAAGGCACAGUUUACAGAGGAUCCACUGCCGAAGUGAGACAAGCAAAGGGGUUUAUUGUUUACAGUAUGAUGAUCAGAAGAUAGUAAGCGGCCUAAGAGACAAUACUAUUAAGAUCUGGGAUAAGAAUACAUUGGAAUGCAAGCGAAUUCUCACGGGACACACGGGUUCUGUCCUGUGCCUCCAGUAUGAUGAACGGGUGAUCAUUACUGGAUCUUCAGACUCAACAGUCAGAGUGUGGGACGUGAAUGCAGGCGAGAUGCUGAAUACACUGAUCCACCACUGCGAAGCCGUGCUGCACCUCCGCUUCAACAACGGCAUGAUGGUGACGUGUUCCAAGGACCGCUCCAUCGCCGUGUGGGACAUGGCCUCCCCAACAGACAUCACCCUGAGGAGGGUGCUCGUGGGGCACCGAGCUGCCGUCAACGUAGUGGACUUUGAUGACAAGUACAUUGUAUCGGCAUCAGGUGACAGAACUAUAAAGGUAUGGAACACUAGUACCUGCGAAUUUGUGCGCACCUUAAAUGGCCACAAACGGGGCAUUGCAUGUCUGCAGUACAGAGACAGGCUAGUAGUGAGCGGCUCUUCAGAUAAUACCAUCAGACUGUGGGAUAUCGAGUGUGGGGCAUGUUUACGAGUACUGGAAGGCCAUGAAGAGUUGGUGAGAUGCAUACGCUUUGAUAACAAGAGGAUAGUCAGUGGGGCAUAUGAUGGGAAAAUCAAAGUAUGGGAUCUUGUGGCUGCUUUGGAUCCCCGUGCUCCAGCAGGGACCCUCUGCUUGCGAACCCUUGUGGAGCAUUCUGGAAGAGUCUUUCGACUUCAGUUUGAUGAGUUCCAGAUCGUCAGCAGCUCACAUGAUGACACCAUCCUCAUCUGGGAUUUUCUGAAUGAUCCAGCUGCCCAGGCAGAAUCCACUCGUUCCCCGUCCAGAACAUACACCUACAUCUCCAGAUAAAUAACACUACACUGUACCUCACACUCGCACAGGAUAUGUGACAUGUGGUGCCUGUGACUCCCCCUGAAGAACUCCUCCUCCUCUGUCCAUCAUCAUCAAUAAUUAAAUCAGUUAUACUGUUGUCCAGAAGGAAGAAGAGUUUCUGCAGAGCGAGUAGAGCAGCUGCUGCCUAACAAGAGGAUGCAGAUGGCCUGACCCUGGGCAGUUGUCACCAGGCAGGAGAGUUUUGCCAAGAACCUCCCUCUGAAGUGAUGACCAUUCUCCUCACUCUGCAGCAAGCUGAUUCAAGAUUACAGCUUGGCCAGGGGAGGAGAUACUGAGGCACAAGCACAAACCCAGGCAAAUUAAAUUGAGAUGAAUCAAUGUGCAAAAUAAUAUACUGAUAGGGCCUAGCCCUUGUUCUCUCUCUCAAUAGCAUGGAUGUUAAAUUAUUCAUAUCAGAGCCUGGUUGGUUUGCUCAUUACCUUUUGUCUUGGCCAGCACAGUGUGGGCAGGACAAAACGUUUCAUGUGUUUGGGUCAGUUGUAAAGUGAAUUUUAUGCAUAUGAGUGAAGUGGGAUAAUAUGCUUUCCCGCAUGGGUGGGUACGUGCACAAUUACUGUUGAUAACAGUAAACAUAAGAGAGAAGAAUGGCAGAAGAGCUGACAGGCUUCUGCAAAGGGGUGUCCACAGUGACAUUUUCCCAUGAAAGUGCUCUGUCACGGGGCACAUCCUGUAUCCUGUUUGGUAACUGUACAGUGAUGCUCUGGACCUGUCAGAUCUUGAUCAAAUGCUCUGAUCAAUCAGAUGUUAUUUUAAAUCAUUAAAAGGCUUAGUAUGAA